AUGUAUGAGAGACAGUCCAUAGCUAGACUAGUGUCUGGAAAGUUGUCAAAGAAAUACAGACUCAAUCUUGCUAUAAGUAAAGGAACUGGUAUAUGUAGAAAGACUUUGACAAAAGUGUCCACAAAGCGGGUAAGACCAGACAGACGUAUUUGUGCAGUCAAACAGCUUGCUUUAGAUGUUGAAGAUUUCAUGAGCAGAGAAGAUAAUAGUCGCAUGCAACCAGGAAAAGGGGAUGCAAUUAAGAUUUCGAAGGGAGAAAAGAAGCAAACAAUUAUUCUAACAAAUUAUCUUGCUGAUCUACAUAAGAAAUUUUCUGUAGAAAACCCUCAAGUGAAAAUUUCGUUGGCAACCUUUUGUCGUUUACGUCCACGCCAUAUCUUAACAGCAAAGUUCAUAUCCCGAACAUCCUGCCUAUGUAUAAAACAUCAGAAUAUGGCCCUCAAGUGUCAGACACUUAAGAAAUACAACAUUUUCGUAAGAGAAAAUCCUGAACACUUAAUAGGUCAAAGUCUUGAAAUAGAGCGUUCUAUGGACCAGCUGCUAGAAAAUCGAGUGGCUUAUCGAGUAUGGAAACAAGUCGCUGUUGAAGAUAAAAAGAAAAUGAAGAUUAUAGAAAAUACAGUAGAGAAGAAUGAAUUUAUAGAGAUGAUGAAAGUUGAAAUGAAUCAGUUUGCAAGUCACGUUGACAGAGUACGGUGUCAAUAUAGAGAAAUCAAAACACUUAAAGAUAGCCUUAAAGAGAAAGAAAUUUUAGUCCAAAUGGACUUUGCAGAGAACUAUUCGUGUAAGUCUCUUGCAGAGGUACAGAGUGCCUAUUGGAACCAAACCCCAGUCACCAUACACCCAGUAGUUGUAUAUUUCCGUGGCCAAUCAAAAUUAGAACACAAAAGCAUCGCAAUAAUUUCUGAUGAACUUUCUCAUUGUACCAGUACAGUGUGCAAAUUUCUUGAUUCUUUAGUUCCAGUCUUGAAGGAAAUCUGUCCAAAUGUCGAGUUUGUCCACUACUGGACGGAUAGUCCAUCAAACCAAUACCGCAAUAAAACCAUUUUUGACCUCGUUGCAAAUCAUUCAUCAGUUUAUGGAAUUCAGGCCCGUUGGAAUUAUUUUGAGGCUGGGCAUGGCAAGGGACCUUGCGACGGUCUUGGUGGAACAAUCAAAAGAAUGGCUGACGAAGCAGUGAAGAGAGGAGCAGUUGUUAUUCAAGAUCCAAAAGAAUUUCUUGAUUGGUCUAUAACUUCAAACAUGAAAGAAGUGAAGUUUUUAAAUGUUGGAUUAUCAACGACAAAGUGA